AUGGUCCUGUUCCUUGGCGCCAUCGCCAAGUUCCUCAUCGGCUACACGGCUCUGACAAUCUCCUUCUACAUGCUGUCCCUCGUCGUCCCCAAGGCGGCCUUUGUGGCCCGCGUCCUGGCCGCCUACAUGACGCUCAUCGCCUGCGCCCUCUACGGCGUCGUCGCCUCCAUCGUCCUGACCGUCCUGGGCAAGCAGCAGAUUGCGCAGUGGACCGUCGCGCGGGCCUUCCACUACUCCAUGCAGCUGACCACGGGCGUCGAGUUUGUCGUCGACGACCCGCACAACGUCCUCAACACCACCCGGCCCGCCGUCUUCAUCGGCAACCACCAGACCGAGCUCGACGUGCUCAUGCUGGGCGCCAUCUUCCCCAAGUACUGCAGCGUCACGGCAAAGGCCCAGCUCAAGAAGGUGCCCUUCCUCGGCUGGUUCAUGAGCCUCAGCGGCACCAUCUUCAUCGACCGCAAGAACAGCAAGGACGCCCGCUCCGCCAUGGACGGCGCCGCCUCCGAGAUCAAGACCAAGCGCCAGAGCGUCUACAUGUUCCCCGAGGGCACGCGCAGCUACACCAAGGAGCCCGCGCUGCUGCCCUACAAGAAGGGCGCCUUCCACCUGGCCGUCCAGUCCGGCGUCCCCAUUGUCCCCGUCGUCGUGGCCAACUACAGCCACGUCCUCUACAUCAAGGGCCUGGUCUUUAACUCUGGCAAGAUUCCCAUCAAGGUCUUGCGCCCCAUCCCCACCACAAACCUCACCUCCUCCGAUGUCGACGAGCUCACCCAGUCCACCCGCGAACUCAUGCUCAAGGAGCUCAUCAGCCUCACCGAAAAGGCUCGCGGCCGUCCAAUCGCCGUUCCCACCUCCCUCAACGGCACCUCCACAGCAAAGAGCACCGCCAUCAACUAG